AUGGCUACAGAAAUCCUAAGAAACGUAAAGGAAGAGGUAACCUGCCCCAUUUGCCUAGAACUCCUGACAGAACCAUUGAGCCUGGAUUGUGGCCACAGCUUUUGCAAAGCUUGCAUCACUGCAAACAGCCAGGAGUCGAGUCAAACAGGAAAGAACAGUUGUCCUGUAUGCAGAAUCAUUUAUGAUCCUGGGAACAUGAAGCCUAGUCGGCAUCUGAUCAAUCUAGUAGACAGGCUCAGAGGGGUCAAUUUAAGCCUAGAGGAGGAAGAGAAGCAAGAUCUCUGUGCGCACCAUGGAGAGAAGUUGCUGCUGUUCUGUAAGGAGGACUGUAUGCUCAUUUGCUGGCUGUGUGAACGCUCUCAGGAGCACCGUGGUCACCACACCCUCCUCCUUGAGGAGGCAGCCAAGGACUGGAAGGAAAAGCUCCAGGCAUCUCUGGAGCAACUGAGAAAGAAGAAGCAGGAAGCUGAACAAUUUGAAACUGCUCUCAGAGAACGAAGAACUGCUUGUCAGAAUCAAAUAGAAAACGAGAUUCAAAGUAUCCAGAAAGCAUUUAAAGAAGUAAGAGAUGUUCUGGAUUUGAAGGAACAAAAGUUGCUGCAAAAGCUGAGGGAAGAAGAGAAAAUAAUUCUCCAUGACCUGGCAGAGUCUGAGAAUGACCUGGUUCAACAGAGCGAGUUCACGAGAGGUCUCAUCUCGGAUCUGGAGCUCAAACUACAGGCAUCACCAAGAGACAUGCUGCAUAAUGUGGAUGAUGUCCUAAAAAGGAGUGAGAACUUGACUCUGACAAAUCCAAAACCUUUUUCUCUGAAAGAUCAUAAAGUAUUUCAAGCUACUGAUUUGAGUGGGAUACUGAAAGCAGUUUAUGAACUGAGAGAUAGCCAACAGCACUGGGUUGGGCCUUUGCAGCUGCCGCCGCCGCCGCCGGUAUUGGUGCCGCCACCCAGGCUCGUGCCGCGUUCGGUGAUCGUGCGCUUCAUCCCGGCCAACCCCACCGUGUUCUUCGACAUCGCGCUUGGUAGCAUGCUGCUGGGCCGCGUGUCCUUCCAGCUGUUCGCCGACACGGUCCCGAAGACUGCAGAGAACUUCCGCGCGCUGUGCACUGGUGAGAAGGGUUUUGGUUACAAGGGCUCCUGCAUCCACCGCAUCUUCCCUGGAGUCAUGUGCCAGGGUGGGGACAUCAACGGCACGGGUGGCAAGUCCAUUUACGGAGAGAAGUUUGACGAUGAGAAUUUCAUCCUGAAACACACGGGGCCUGGCAUCUUGUCCAUGGCAAAUGCUGGACCCAACACCAAUGGUUCCCAGUUCUUCAUCUGCACUGCCAAGGCUGAGCAGUUGGAUGGCAAGCAUGUGGUGUUCGGCAUGGUGACGGAGGGCAUGAGUAUCGUGAAGACUAUAGAGAGUGUUGGGUACUGGAACAGCAUGCCCAGAAACAUCACGAUAUACAACUGCGGACAAGUCUAAAGGCUCUCAUUUUCUCGACUACCAGACCAUUCCUUCCUUCUGCAGCUCUGGCGAGCACCCUGUCCCCCACAUGCUCUGAAUGCCCUCUGGUCCCUGUACUCUCCCUGCGGUUCUCUCGGU